UGUGCGUACGACGCUGUCUUGGUCUUCAGUUUAGUUUGGCCUGAAAACAAGUACAACUGCUUUUGAUUUGUUCAAUUCGCCGCAGUCAGAUUUAAAGAAAAUUCAACGCUGAGAGAACUUGACCCACGUUUAUAUGUGAAGAAUGAAAAGAUUCGUAUCAGAAAAUUUGUGAUGGAACACAGCUCAAACACAUGUGAGAGGACGUUACGCUAUGUGAGAGGUUUGAUUGUCGCGUAGAUUGUUUCAAAAGUGCAUAGAUGAUGGAUGACGAAGACGAUGAAAAAACUUGUGCUAUAUGUUUUGAGGAGAGGAAUGAUAUAAGGAUGUUACCAUGUUGGCACGUUGCUUGCUUGAAGUGUAUAAUGGGUAUGACACAAAACGGAAAAAUUAGAGCUGUGAGCUGUCAUGCCUGUCGACAACCUUGUUUAUUUGAGAAUAUCCGGAGUCUUCCUCGACCGGUAAGAUGUCAAAAAUGCAAACUAUUUCUCAAAAGUCCAAGAAAGUUUUCUUGUUGUUCGAGAUUAUACUGCUUCAGUUGCAUCGAAACGAUUCAGUCUCCUGAAUUCAAAGUCCGUUGCCCAGCUAAUUGUAGCAAAAAACUUCAUCGAGUCGAAACGUUGCAGCUCGCAAGAAUUUGCAGUCUGUGCUUUCGAAUGCACACAGAAAACGAUGUCAAAUGUGGACAUUCAUUCUGUGGCAAAUGUCAAAGAAGGUUAAACGCCCAGAGACGGGAAUGUCCAUUGUGCCUAGCCGUUAAAAAUCCUUUUCCGGCUCCAAUCAAUCCAAUUCAACCUAAUCAGGAACACGUUUCUGCUUCGCUGGAAAGUUUGAACAAUGAAGGGAUCGUUGAUAGCCGGCAAACUGAUAUAUCUGAAAUCACAAUCUUCUCGGCGAUGCAACGUAUACGUUCGUGGCAACAGGGUAACACCACAAGACCCACUUCCCAUCGACGUAGCGCACGGUCUCAGCAACAACAACAGCAGCAGCAAGAGCUUCCGCAAUACACUAAUAAAGAAUUCAUGAUCGACCUUCCGAAGGGAGGAAUAUUCCUAAUAACCUUAGUUAUGAUGAUUUAUUAUCAAGGCCUUGGUUUCUUGAUUUGGAUCGUUUGCGGAAGUAUUUUGUAUCUGUCGAAUCCCACAGCUGUUUUUACUACAAAUAUUUGUAUUGCACUAUGGAUAUUAGCUUGGAUCGUUUCAUUCUAUAGCUGUUUUGGAUUAACCGUUUUUAUUGAUGUAAUCUACACAGGAAUUUCAUAUUUGAUUCAAAAAAUAACGAAAUUUUUCAUUAGGGACGAAUUUUUUGAACAAUUAGCAUCAAAAUUCAAGCUCGGUGUUUAUUUUUUUAUUCUUUGGUGGUAUUUUCCUCCUAUUAUCCUGCAUAGAAAUAUGCUAGGCUCUCUUGCCCCAAUAUUAGCUGAUAAAGUAAAAAUACGUGAAUUAGAGAUUUUAGGUCUCCUCAAUAGGUAAUCUUAUGUUAAUUUUAUGUUGCAUACUGGAACUUGUUACCAUAAUAUAUGAAUGUGCGUGGCAUCUUACAAUUAGUUUGUUGAGUAUGAGCCAUUUCACAAUCGUAAAUAUUUAGAGGUUUCCAUGCACACGAUAAUAUACUACUUGUGUAGUAUUGUCUAUAAUGGCAUUUCUGCACACCAUAUGCGUAAAAGAGAGAGAAAAACAAUGUUAAAAAAGGAACAAUAGACCGACCUUUGAUCCCAAAAAUAUGCUUCCUAUAUUUUACCAUUGCAAAAUUUUCGGGGCUAUUUUAAGAGUGCUUUUGCGAGUUAGCGCCUGUAAAAUGGGGUAUGUGUUUCAAACCAUCAUUAUGAUUCAUCGCAUA